UUGGUGUGAUGAAGUAGGUACUCGUAAAGAUAACCGAGUGUUAUUCUUCUCGGAAGAUUUGAUUAAAAGAUGCGUGACUUGGAAAUUAAUAAGUGGUUACCUCGAGAAUAAUUCAUCGUACGUUAAAACCGAAACCUGA